CCGCCCCAGAGGUGGGCGCAUCUCAGCGUCCAGCUCGAAUACAAUUUCUCUCUCCCUGCAGGGACGUCCCGAGGACUCUGCUCCCCGACGUUCACCGGGGCCUCCCCUUCCCAGGCUCUCCAACGCGGGCCGCCCUGGUCUCCGGCUCCUACCUCUAUUACCACUACGGCUGCGAUGGGGUGGACGACCGGGGCUGGGGCUGCGGCUACCGGACCCUUCAGACCCUCUGCUCCUGGCUGGCGGGGGCCGGAGCAGGGCCGGGGGCCUGCCCCCGGCCGGUCCCCUCCUUGUCGGCCAUCCAGCAGGCCCUGGUGGAGAUGGGAGACAAGCCGACGGCCUUCGCCGGCUCCCGGGACUGGAUCGGCACGGUGGAAGCCGCCUUGUGCAUGGAUCACUUUUUUGGGGUGCCGUGCAAAAUCUUGCACAGCCCCUGGGGGAGGGGACUGGGGAGGCAGGUGGGGGCCUUGUACGCCCAUUUCCAGGGAGGUGGGGGGCCGGUGAUGCUGGGGGGUGACGCCGACAGCUCCUCCAAGGGGCUGCUGGGGGUCUGCUCCGUGCCCGCCGGCCACCAUCUCCUUGUCCUGGAUCCCCACUAUUACUGGGGGGCUGGGGGCCUUGGGCGGGAGGGGAUGCAGGCGGCGGGGUGGGUACGCUGGCAAGGCUUGGCCUCCUUCGACCCUGCCUCCUUCUACAAUCUCUGCCUGCCGCAGUUCUGGCGGGCCGCAGGCGAGGGGGACAGCGCUGGUGAAAACUGAUUCGCGCGAGCGUCGCUCGGACGGCCGCCACUGGGCCACGUGAACCUUGGAUUUCACGAGUGAGAGUCGCCCAGAGGGCCACCAAGAGCUUUGCACAAGGGAGAUGUCACUGGGACCCGUGAACAUUGAUUUGCACGAGUAAGGGUCGCCCGGCCGGCUGCCCAGCGCUUCGCACAAGGGAGAUGUCACUGGGACUUGUGAACAUUGCUUUGCACAAGUGAGAGUCACGCGGCUGGCCGUCAAGGGGUUUGCACAACUGCGGAGACGCUGGGGUGAAUGUGGUCUCAGCCGGGGCACCCACUCCGAGCCCAGAUUCCCGAGGCCGCCCCAAAGAGGGGCUGUUAAAAGCCGGAGGCGGGGGAAGCUUGGGGGAGCAAACUGAAAGGUGGGGGCCAUGGCUGGAUCUGGGUGCACCCCCAGAUAAAUCUUGUGUCUCAUGCAUAUUGUGCCUUUACCACCCUGUUAACAGACGGGCGUUCCUUGACCUCCGCUCGUCUGCAACAUUGGGUUCUGUAAAUCCAGUUAAAAUGCUCAUUCGUCCCUUUC